CAGGUGGAAAGCAAAGGAGAGACCCAGCUGGCGCGAGGAGAAGGGCAAAGGGGCGCCAGGAGAGCAGCUGAGGGAGCGCUUCGAACGGCUCCCUGCUUUUGAAAUCCCUUCUCAGCUGGUUAGCAGCAAGCAGUGAACCCUAACAAAAGUCUUCAGGGGUCUGGGGACCCUGGGACAAGGCUGGUAGGCCACCUGGGGUGGUCGUGUCAUCUGCUGACAUCAUCCCAGCGUUUGCUGGGUUUGCUGCAUAAGGCUGUGCUUGCUCCUGCUGGAGGUGUUAGGGGUCCUGCAGGAGUUUUAUGUUAUUCAUGCACCUGAGAAGGGGCUCGUUCUGACGGGCUGAGGUGCUUCACUUCCAGAUCUGCAGACGGCUGUGCUCUUGUGUAGCUCAAUGGCAACAAUGAACGGCCAGGCUCAUGUGAAUAACAAUGGCAUCGACGGAGGGUCUGCUGGGAGCUUCCUCAAAGGGCCUGGGCUCGGCCUGGGGCCGCGUGGCUCCAGCCUCACGCGUCAGCAGUCGAUCUACUCUCUCACGCUCGACGAGUUCCAGAACGCGUUAGGGCACGACCAGGGGAAGAGCUUUGGCAGCAUGAACAUGACGGAGUUCCUGGAAAACAUCUGGUCGGCGGAGGAGGGCGCAAUGGCACAGGGGAAGGAGACGGGGGGGCUGCUGCGGCAGGCGAGCCUUGCGAAGCAGGGCAGCAUCAACCUGCCGAGGACGCUCACUGGUAAAACGGUCGACGAGGUCUGGCGGGAUAUCCAUCAGAGCAGCAAGCCGGCAGCUCCGGCUCAGCAGGAACGGCAGAACACAUUUGGGGAGAUGACGCUGGAGGACUUCCUGAGGAAAGCGGGCGUUGUUGGGGAUGAGCUGGACAUUGCGACCGGGGGGGUGCUCAGCAGCCUUGGGGCGACCCCCCCGGUGAGCGGCGCAGGGAAUAUGCAAAGCGUGGAGGCACAAGCGAAGCAGCACCAAGCUGAGUGGAUGGAUUACCAGAUGAAGCAGCAGCAGCAGAAGCACCACCAGCAAAUGAGCCAGCUCAUGGUGCAGCAGCACUCGGCACAGCCAGGCAACCCCCAUCGUCCCCCCCCCUUGAUCAUGAAAGACCCCCCCGAGCGGAAACCGGACCUGUCGCAAAGUGAUGACCAGAGCAGCCUGGAUGAAAAGGGCGGGGGCCUGACACCAAAUAGCAUGGGGGGCCUUGGGAGCGCUCAAUCUCGGAGGGGAAAGAAGCGGCAGAUGCCGACGCUGGACGAGCAAGGCAAAACGGUAGAGCGGAAAGUGAAGAGAAUGAUCAAGAACCGGGAGUCGGCGGCACGGUCACGGGCCCGAAAGCAGGCCUACACGCAAGAUCUUGAGGAGAAGAUAGCCCGGUUAAAGGAGGAAAACGCGAUGCUGCGAAAGCAACUGGGGUCUGACGCACCCCCUCCUGAGAGCCCUACGCUGCCUAAGUUGAGGCGAACACGGACAAGUUAGUAUAGUGGGCCAAAACUGGAGUCUCAUGCAGCUCAGCCCGACUUGGUGGAUUGCAGAAACUGUACAGCUAUUGGACCGUUUUUGGAACUCAGGGAGGAGCCACCGUAAGUGUUGGACAUCCACAUAAGAUGAAAGGGCUCCUAAAAGCGGUGGUGGCAGCUUGCUCGCACCGCCGAUUUUGCAUUAUAAACGGUUUGGGAGUUUGCUCUGGAAUGGAUGCAUCGCCUGCCAUGUAAACGAUGAAACUGUCGAAAUAAGCCGGGCAAGCUGAAAGCAUCGUCCUGAAUAUGCAGAAUUAGCUAAGCUGGUGGUGAAGCUCAUUAGAAAGCUAAGUUUGGUACAUUCCCGCUAGGAGUUUGAGGGUUUGAUGUUCUCAGGUUGAUUCAUCACUUUUAUACCAGAAAUUCAGACCCGUAGCAGCUAUUGUUGCAGGGCUGAUGCCAAAGUGCUAACUUGGAUCCGUAUAUUUAAUUGCUGCUUUGUACACAAAUCGUCCGUGUGUGUAAAGUGCAUGGCCUCCGUC